AUGGAAGAACAACAAACAUCGACAAUGACGAUUGCUAUUAUGAGUCCUGGUGAUAUGGGUCACGCAAUCGGUCGAGUUCUACUUGCCGAUAAGCAGCAACGAUUUCGGGUGAUCACCAAUUUGACAGGACGUAGUGAACGUACUCAAAAAUUGUCUCACUUGGCGAACAUAAUCGAUGUUCAAACCGAUAACGAACUGGUUCAUCAAGCAGAUAUCAUUCUUUCGAUCGUAGCUCCAUCGAACGUUAAGCCACUUGCUCAACGUUUCGCUGCGUAUCUUGCCAAUGACGAACGUAAACUAUACGUUGAUUUGAAUGCUAUCGCUCCACAAACGAUCGAAUCAAUAGCGACACUCUUUCCACACGGAAAUUUCGUCGAUGGAUGCAUCGUUGGUCCACCACCACGUCUAGGCGAAUAUGUUCCAUCGAUUUAUUUCUCCGGUAGACAUGCACAAAGGCUGGUCGAUCUAUUUCAGAGCACAGCUUUUGUUAAUACGCGUGCAGCCGGCCGAAACGUCGGUCACGCAAGUAGUCUCAAAAUAUGUGAAGCAUCAAUGAUCAAAGGCAUGACAGCUAUUGCUAUUCAGGCUUGUAUUGCCGCUCGAUCUCUCGAUGUAGGUGAAAUCUUUUUCGAUCACCUGAAACAAGGUCGGCCGUAUCUAUUCAACGAUAUUAACACAAUCAUUCCAGGCAUGCCACCAAGAGCAGCACGAUGGGUAGCCGAAAUGGGUGAAAUCGCCAAGACCUACGAGAAUAUUGGUUUAUCACCGAAGAUAUUCGAUGGCGCUGCAGAUACUUAUCGAUUUGUAGCCGAACAAACUCCGCUUGGAAAUGAGAUAAGCGAAGAACGAAAACGCGGUACAACACUCGAUGAUGCAAUUCAGAUUAUGGUUGAAUCACUUAACAAAACGAAUCAAUCAUGUGAACAUAGCUGA